UCUCAUCGUCCUUUAAAAAGAGCCGCUGAAAAGAGUCGACUCGUUCGUGAACGUCACGUCUCUACUAGUGCACACAACAAAAUGGCUUUGAGGGCAGCUAUAAGAAAUAAGUCCGCCUUACCAGGUCUUCUCUCUCAAUUGUCCUGCAGCAGUCAUGGCAGAGUGUCUACGUCCUCUGUGUUUGUUGCACAGCAGAGAAAAAACUCCACAACACCCAAAAUCUCGGUGGAUUUCGACCAGAGUACAGGUGUGGCCGUGAUGCGCAUGAAGAGUCCGCCUGUCAACAGUCUCAGUUUGGACUUCCUCACAGAGUUUUGCAUCAGCGUGGAGAAGCUCGAGAUGGACAAGAGCUGCCGAGGCCUCAUCAUCACCUCGAGCUUGCCCAAGGUCUUCUCGGCAGGACUGGACAUCAUGGAGAUGUAUGGCAAGAGUCCAGAGCGCUGUGGAGAGUUCUGGAAAGCUGUCCAGGAGAUGUGGCUAAAACUUUACAGCUCCAACAUGGUGACGAUCGCUGCCAUAAACGGCUCCAGUCCUGCAGGGGGCUGUCUGAUGUCCAUCACAUGCGAUUAUAGAAUAAUGGUGGACAAUCCACGGUACAGCAUCGGCUUAAAUGAGACUCAGCUUGGCAUCGUUGCACCUUUUUGGUUUAAGGAUACCAUGAGUAACACAGUUGGCCACCGGACCACUGAGAUGGCGCUGGCUCUGGGGCUGCUCUACAACCCAACAGAGGCUCUGAAGAUAGGACUAGUGGACCAAAUAGUACCAGAAGAUAAGCUCAUGGCCACAGCUGAGCAGACCAUGGCCAAGUGGUUGGCCAUUCCAGACCACGCCAGACAGAUCACCAAGUCCAUGAUGAGGAAACCAACGCUUGACAAGCUUGUGUCCAAACGAGAGGCGGACAUCCAAAACUUUGUGGGUUUCAUCACCAAAGACUCCAUCCAGAAGUCCCUGCGUGUGUAUCUUGAGAUGCUCAAAAAGAGGAAGGCUUAGUGAGAACAGGGAAGGAAGCAAAUGGAGGGAAUCAGCUGUACGUCAGUGUUAUUUUCACUGUUGUUGUUGUUGGAUAGGAUUUACUGGUUUUGCUGUAAUUAAACUAAGCGAGCUUGGCUCACAUAAGGAACAUAAGCAUCAAAGCCUCGCCAUUAACGUGCCUGUCUAAGCGGUAAUGUCUCCUUGUUCCGAGCAUUGUCAGAAGCUAAGGACUCAAACAAAACUGUUUUCUUCACAUCAUGUCUGGAAAUAAACAAAUGCCUGCUUCAAA